GCGGGGUGGCGGCAGUCGAGCCGCAGCGCGAGUCAGUCGCGCCGAGAGCGCUGGGGCCGGACGGCUCCGCUCGUCGAGGGUCUCCGGUCAGCGACGCGCGAUCUCGCUGGGCCAUGGCAGCACCUCCUGCCAAAGGAAAAGGGGAGCAGUCAGAAGAGGGUGACCUCCUAGAGCUCCCUGUGUCCCCCAAGCCUGAUGGUGAGCAGAGUGGCAGCCAGAGUCCCAUCCAGCUGGAGGACUCUCCAGAGGCAGGCGAGGAGCGGGAGGAGGAACAGGCUUUCCUGGUCAGCCUCUACAAGUUCAUGAAGGAGCGACACACACCCAUUGAGAGGGUGCCCCAUCUUGGCUUCAAGCAGAUUAACCUGUGGAAGAUCUACAAGGCAGUGGAGAAACUGGGGGCCUAUGAGCUGGUGACAGGCCGCCGACUCUGGAAGAAUGUGUAUGAUGAGCUGGGGGGCAGUCCAGGCAGUACCAGUGCAGCCACAUGCACACGCCGCCACUACGAGAGGCUGGUCCUCCCAUAUGUGCGGCACCUGAAGGGGGAGGAUGACAAACCACUGCCCCCCACCAAGCCCAGGAAGCAAUACAAGAUGACCAAGGAGCUGAGGGGGGAUGAUGGGACCACUGAGAAGUCAAAGAAGGCCAAGGACUCGGAGAGGCAAGUGGACCAGACUACACUGGGAAAGACCAAAUCAGAUGCCACUGGCCUGACACAGCUUCCCAGCCAGGCACCCUCAAGGAAUAGUAUGGAACAGCUAGGCCCGACAUCUGGACCCUCUUUGCCAUUCAUGGGUGCUAGUGGCUGCCCUGAGGCCUACAAGCGGCUCUUGUCCAGCUUUUACUGCAAGGGAGCGCAUGGCAUCAUGUCACCACUGGCCAAAAAGAAGCUGCUGGCCCAGGUCAGCAAGGCAGAGGCUUUGCAGUGCCAAGAAGAGGGCUGUCGCCAUGGAGCAAGGAGCCCCAGCAAGGACCUUCAAGAAAGUCCCCAGAACCUAAGAGGGCUGGCUGAGAACUCUGAACACCAGCUAACCCCCCAGGAAGGAUUGCAGGCCCCCAGUGGCAGCACCAAGGUGGAGGUGCAGGAGGGCGCCUGCCCCACAGUCCCCACUUUCUCAGGUUGUUUUCAUGCCUACCCCACUGAGGUGCUGAAGCCUGUCAGCCAACACCCCAGGGACUUCUUCUCUGGCCUUAAAGACAGGGUGCUGUUGGGACCUCCUGGUAAAGAGGAAGGGCUGUCAGCCAAAGAGCCCCAGCUGGUGUGGGGUGGGGAUGCCAACCGCCCCUCUGCAUUCCAUAAAGGCAGCUCCAGAAAAAGAAGUUUCUAUCCCAAGCCCAAAGCCUGCUGGGUAUCCCCCAUGGCCAAGGUCCCUGCUGAGAGCCCUGGAGCCACACACCCCCUCCCAAGCAGCCCAGGCCUUGGCAGCAAGCGCAACUUGGAAGAAGAGGGCUUCACUCAUGGUGGCAAGAAACUGAGGGCAGUGUCUCCCUUUCUGAAGGAGGUGGAUGCCAAGGAGUGCGGGGGCAAGCCUGCAGCGCCUGGCGUGGCUGUAUCCUGUCUACUGGGCCCAGCCCUGGCGCCCACUCCUCCCGAGGCCUACAGGGGCACCAUGCUGCGGUGUCCUCUGAACUUCACAAGUAGCUCAGACCCUCUGAAGGGCCAGGCCACACUCCCCUUCAGUCCCCUGGUCAUCCCAGCUUUCCCAGCCCAUCUCCUGGCUACAGCAGGCCCCUCCCCCAUGGCUACCAGCCUGAUGCAUUUCCCUCCCACAUGCUAUGACACUGCCCUCCGCAACAGACUGGGUCCAGCUUCAUCUGCCUGGCACGUGCCACCCGUCACGACCUAUGCGGCACCCCAUUUCUUCCACCUCAACACCAAACUGUAGGUUAGAGCAUCCAUCCAUGUGCUGCACUAUGAGGAUUUGACGGGGGUCUCAAAAGGGCCGGUGCUGCCUCAGGCCAGAGCCCACUGCUUAGAACUCCCAGGCCAGUUAGCCUCCUCAAGUCUGUGUUCCCCCAGCACAGAUGGGGAGGCAGUAGGCUUGUCUCAAUGAAUCAGCUUGAGCCCAAAGCCCAGGGACUAAGUUGUGGUAAAAUCACAAAAGUACCCGAGCUAGUAUUCUCUCUUCUCGAAGGUCAAGAGGACUGAACAGUUAAGGAGCUACAUAGUAGCUCAAGGCAUCCAGUUGGCCAUGAGAGGUCCAAUAAAAAGACACUGGUGUAAUUGCACCCAGUCCUGAGAUGUACAGUGUUGGACUUUUGCAAGGGGGAGGUGAGGCAGGAACAAACUUGUGGAUGUGGUCACCAGUGUGGGAGCAAAGAUGAAACCAUCCAUCCUGAUCUGGAUUCUACCACCCCACUGGAGGGCAGGCCCAGAGCAAAACUCGGCCUCUUAUGCACAGAUGAACAGUCAUGCUUCCUUUUGCUCCAGCCUCAGGAUACCCACCUGGCGAGGUUGUCAUGGUGCGAAGUCCCCAGCACACUGGUGACUUGUGAAGCAUGAGGGAGGGGCUGUGUGAUUCCAACCCUCAGAGCUGAGCCACAGACUCAGUCCCAGGAUGCAUCGGCCCUGAAUCUUUGAGCCAGCAACUAGGAAGGUAGUUGCUUGCUUUAAGAGGUUCUUGUUGUGUUGCUCAGGUUGGUCUCAGACUCGUGGCCUAAAGAAAUCCUGCUGUGGCCUCCUUAGUAGCUGGACGACAGCUGUGAACCAUGUGAAAGGGGACUUCUGAGGGUGCUAACACAAACCCCAGGUUAUCUGUCCUGGUAGUGGGUAGACUUGUUUGUGAACACUGCUGCCUAGUGCUCUCAGUGAUGUGCCACCACCGCACAUACUUUCUUGCUAUACAUACUGGAUUUGGCGUGAGAGGCAGAGGGGACCCAUCUCUGCCUGGGAAUCUGUUGCCACACCACAGUAAGUUUCAGCUGUGCUGGCUCCAGGGGACUACACAGAAACCCUAUGACUUAGCACCCUCUUUCCUUAGAGAUGGUUUGAUCUGCCAGUCCCAAGUUGACUGUCAGUACAACUUCUCAACUGUUCCUGGGAAGGCAGAGCCAUCAUGGCCCAGAGAUCCCAGGAUGCCUGUGAACCAGGUCAACAGAUGCUUACUGACCUGCGUCAUGGGAACUCACCCUGUUCCUGACCUCAGGCCAUGGGUGGGAGGGCAAGUUUUCAUGGCCCCCUUAGUUCACAGGUGGCAUAGCUAAGGCCAGGGACAGGAAGUGUCAUUGAGAGUGCCUGGCUUUGGGAAAUGGGUGCUCAGGGAAAGUAGCUGCCUGUGGGGAGAGAUGUAGCACCGGUGUCCUUCAGGACCAGGUAGCCAGGAGGGCGGGUAUCCAUUGAUGCACUCCAACAUCUUCCAGCUCCCCACCCUCCUAGAGACACUGAGAUGCUGGCCUGUGUGUUGGGAUGACCAGCCCUGAGCUCCUGGCUUCUCUACUGCACCCAUGUGCUGUCCCCAUCUGUGAGCUUAUCCAGCCAAGUGAGGAGAGACUCUAGGCUAGCAAAUGCCCUGGGUGCUGGGCUGCACACUGUUGGUCAGAUCCCAGGAUAGAUGAAGGCUACUUUUGCGUAUGGAGGGAUCCCCUUGGUCUACAAAGUAACACUAGUCUCAACUGCUCAAGGUGGUGGUUGGCAGCCAGCCUGACUUGAGUGUAGAUUGUCCAGGACCCCAGGGCUGGGGCCCUCUUCAGGUACUUCUGAAGAAUGCACAUAUUGUGGGGUAGCGGAGUGGAUGGAUUCCUAGGCCAAACUCUGCAACCUCUGCCUAAGCAAAGACACUAGAAAUGAAUGUGAGUCAGGCAUCUUGGAAAACCUUGGAACUCUGCACCAAACACCCAUGUAUUUGCCUCACGUGCAAAUUCUCAUUGCUUCCCACUGAGUGAGAGAACUGAGCUCUGAGAUGACUCCAAACACCAUGCUGGCUGAUUCUUGUCCCUGACAGGCUGCCCCAGAGGACCCUCAGGCCAGCAGGGCACUCGGUGUCUGUUCAGUGCAUCAUUUGGGUUCAGGAUCUACUUUCAAAUCAUUCGUGACAUUUGAGCUGCUAGCGGUGGGAGGAGGCAGAGACCACCCUGGGAUUUGUGCUGAUCCCGCCCCUAUCCUUGGUCCCAGUUUGUUUCCCUUAAGUGUGACAAGUUAGGCAUUCAGCAGGCAACACCUUCAUUUGCUUUGGGGGUUAAAGCUUGCUGCCCCUUUAACUGUCUUGGGUGUUCAGCUUGGUGGCAUUAAAUAUGCAUUUCCCACACUGGGCAGGUAUCACCAACACAGUUGUAAACAGAGUGGCCUAGGGUGUUCUUUAGAAGAGACCUUGAAAAUGGCUAGAGGAGGUGAUAGAAAAGCAGAGCAACAAGUCCCCAUGGCAAGAGAGUGGGAUCCAGGAGCCAGAGGGCCUGUGGGGUUGGGACAGAGGGAGCCAGAGGUGACUCAGGCUGGGCUUGGCGCAGUUGGACUUUUACAUGAAAUAAAAGAAAGAUGGAAGAGCA